CGUUGUUAAUGGAGCCCUGACAUCGUUGUGCGACCAACGUCAUCAGCUGCGCGAGAGAGCUUGUCCGAAUCUCCCUCUCAUGACUUCCACAGUCCAGUCACAUCGCAGGAGAUCCUGUCGGAAGCCUGCCGACGUAUUAUUAUAUCGCGAUUCCUGAGGGAAUCGGAUCCUCAGAAAACCGCUCAUAAAAAUGACGACCCACCAGAAGACGGCUGAAAGUAAUGCCUCGAGACAUGGAAGUGGCUUGCGUACGAUAAUCGGCAAAUUACGGACAACCAAACGGCCGCCAUCGCUGGACUUGACUGAAAAUAAACGAAUAUCUCAAGUCCAAGGUAUGCUGCCGUCGCAAGCACUGAAAUCUCGGGGCCGUCAGUCUAAGAAGCACGAGAAAGAUGGUGCGGCUUCAGGCAAUCUAGCACAGGAUACGCAGGGUUUCUUUUCCAAACUCCUGGGGCGACAAAACCGGCGUAAUAAGCAUCCAGAAACCAACGGACAAACGCAAGCUGUACCAGUACGGAUACGUGAGAAGAGAGUGAUUGCCUAUAAUGGAGGUCGACCGGAACAAAUAGCGCAAGUGGCGUACGAUCGCACUGUGUCUGAAUCAAGUCGGCUUGGUCAUUCUCGUAUUGACGCGAAGAUCAAUUCCGGGGAGAACAAAAGACAGUCACAAAUCUAUGUCCCAACGCAUGCAGCUCGAGAUACCUCGCGUAUGCCUGUAUCCCAUAGCCUGAAAGACCGAUAUUCGACCUUGGUCAACGAAGAAGAAGCGAGGCGACUAUCGCAGAUGUUGGCCCAACUAUCACCGCCGGCGGAAACAGACGAUAGCAGACCGCAAUCUUACUUCUCUGACGACUACUAUCGUGAUGAGCAGCGGCGCUUCACGGUUGCGACCUUGGAAGGAUCUAACGUGGACAGCGAAAGCUCAUUCGGCGUCAACGAAACGGGCAUGAAUAACACCUUGCAGCCGCCACCCACGCCAACUCGACGUCGGCACAGUCGACAGAAACGACAAUCGCACCCGCUUGCGGAGGAGUAUCAACAGAUAUCCGAAGAACCAAAGGAAUCGUCUGACUACCAGCGUUUCGUUCAGCAGGCACUUGAUCGAGAUCGUCAAGAAUCAAAUGAAAUGUGGCGCGCGGCUAUUACUAGGCCUGAAAAUAAAAAUAUCCCUCCAAUCCACGCGGACUAUUUGAAUUCGUCCUCUUUACAACGAUCCGGCACUUUCGGGGCUGGUAAAAAGGAAAGGUCUGCGUCAAAGAAAAUGGACGAUGCCUGGAAGAGAUCGAGCCACUAUAGCUAUCAAUCAGAUAGCAGGAAGCGGCGAUCUUACAACAUUGGAGGAGAUAACGACCUGAACUACGAGUCUCCCUCGAAAGAUCUCAGGAAAAAGACAACCGGGGCGAAGAGACUGUCGGAUUAUUUUAAGCCUCCCAGGGAUGUCAUAACUGGGUAUGAACAGCCGGAUAAUAAGCGUCUGAGCAGGGCGACCUUCCGAUAAAGGUGGGGGCGAAAACCGGCGGUUUGUACCAUAAUCUCUGCCCUGAGACGAAAGGUCUCACGAUGUCUGAUUAACUUAUCAGAAAUGUAAUGACUGUUUUUGUAACGAUCACGCGAGUAGGAUUUGGUUUGUCGGAUUCUGGCAGGAAUCAAUAUUGUAUACAGAGAAUACCAUUGGCAUUUAAAUCUCCGUUACA